AUGGCGUCCGGCGCAGGCGGGUCCUACAACAACCCCCUCAAGAAGUUCAAGCUUGUCUUUUUAGGCGAGCAGAGCGGUAUGUAUCCUGCAUUCUGUCUUACCAUGUACCUUGAGGACCGGACAGUGAGAUUACAACUUUGGGAUACCGCCGGACAGGAACGUUUCCGCAGUCUGAUUCCCUCGUACAUUCGCGAUUCCAGCGUCGCAGUCGUUGUCUACGACAUUUCAAAUGCGAAAUCCUUCCAAAACACCAAGAAGUGGAUCGACGAUGUGCGCGCCGAGAGAGGAAACGACGUCAUCAUUGUCCUCGUGGGCAACAAGACGGAUUUGAACGACAAGCGCGAAGUGACGACGCAGCAGGGCGAGGAGGAGGCCAAGAAGAACAACCUCAUGUUCGUCGAGACUAGCGCGAAGCUGGGACACAACGUCAAAACGCUGUUCAAGAGAAUAGCCCAGGCUCUUCCAGGCAUGGAGGGAACGGAUGCUGCCGCGCAAGCUUCAAGCCAGAUGAUCGAUGUCAAGACGACCCCCGCCCAAUCAUCGCAAGAGGGAUGCGCGUGCUAG